AUGACACUCUGGGUGCUUGUAUGUCAACCUCUCAGCUUAGACAACAUGGCUCUGGGAUAUAAAUUGUACGAAAAAAACCUGGACGACGAAACUCGCGAACGUGUUAAGCGCACUUUAACUGUUACUACUCGCGUCUCUUGCCCUAUGGACUUCUCUGCUUACCCGUUUGAUAACCAAGUUUGUUACUUCAAAAUGGAAAGUUAUCAAUUUACGGCCAAGCAAGUGUCCUACAACUGGUUCGACCCUAAGAUUGGUCGUUCGCCUCAAAUACAGUUGGGUCAAUUUGACUUCGAUUUCUACAGUGUCCAACAGCAGAAUACUUCACACCAGAACCGUUCCUACCCAACAGUCAUGAUCGAACUAGUACUGCGACGCCGGAUUGUGUACCAUCUCAUGAACACCUUCCUUCCCUCGGGUUUGUUUGUUAUGGUGUCCUGGCUAACACUCCUCGUCCCUCAUCACCAAAUGCCUGCUCGAAUGGUGUUGACAAUCACGACACUUCUUACCCUGGUCUCCAUGUUUGCUGGCGUGAGACAGGAGACGCCGAAAGUGUCCUACGCAAAGGCCGUCGACCAGUGGAUGAUCAUGUGUGUUAUCUUCGUGUUCUGUGUCCUCUUCGAGUUCACUGUGGUCAUAUUCCUCCACGAAAGGGGCAAAAGGACGUCGAAAUCGUCUGCCACUCCGCAGUUAGUCCAAGAGCGUCGAAAUCUAUACAAUCCUACGAAUCGUGGGAGGAAUACUGCGACUUCCUUCACCAACCACGCUUCCUUCUUCCUGAGACACAAAAACGCAACGAUCACGCCAGCUGAGUCGGACUCUGGAGACCGGCCGCAGGGAGAGGGUCAGGAGUAUGGCCUAGUCAUCCGUUCAGAGUACAAGUCGUUUGUGAAUGAAAUUUCAGUCAUUAAUACUUUCACUCAUGAUUAUAUAAUGAUUUCAGAUAUACCGUUUGCUUCUUGGACAGAGUUCGCUGUUGCAUAUGUAGAAAAAAAUGUAAAUAAGAUGAAUAGCUCUUCUGUACGAUCUGGAAGUUCUGUAAUCGCAAAGAAAAAGAGAGGAUGGCUUUUGCCUGCUGGAAGUGGAGCGAAGCCUGAAGCCCAAAAGACUGACAUGAACUACAAUAUAACAGUGUGUGAUGAAGUAACGAUAAGUAAGAAGUACCAGCGCAGGAUCAAACCGUAUAACCAGAAGUCGACUCAUGAUAAAAUCAAACAAAAAUGA